AUCUUCUGCCCCUGCGCCCCCGCCAGCCCCGAGGAAGUCCCCGCCGAGGACCGGGGCCCCCGGGAGCGCAGGAGGAAAGACCAGACUCCCCUGAAACACCCAGAUGCCGCGGAUUGAAACAGCCUAGCCAGACCUUUCUGUGGAUUAAAAAAAUAUACGAUUUUUUUUUCCUUGGCAGAAGAAAAGGAGAGGAAGACCAGCGGGGCUCUGUAAGGAAAAGAGGGGGAUGUAACUCGUGGAUACGUUUUUUUCCACCCCUCAAACGUCUUGUUUUACUUUGUAAACAUUUCUUUUUUUAAACCUUAGCUCCAGCCGGACGCCCCCAGACCUCCGGGGGUGCGAGGAGGUGGUGUUUUUCAUUUUGGGCUUUGCAUAUUUGGUUCUUAGAUUUUUGAGAGCCUUCCUAUUUCGCCAGACAUCUCAUGCGGGGUGAAGUCCACUCGGCCCCCUCCCCCGAGUCUUCGUGUGCACGGAAUUCGAGGAGAUCCGGUUACUAAGGAUAUAGAGGAAAAAAAUAAAUCGCGUGCCUGCUUUUUUUUUUUUUUAAUUGCCUGUUCUCCCCACCCCCAAAUUAAGUUGCUUAGCAAGGGGGAAAGAGGCUUUUUCUUCCCUCCAGCAGCCCAGCCGAACGCCUUUCGUUUUUUUGCCCCCGCGGAUCUUCCAUGUAGAAAGCCGAGGCUGGCGAGCCCGACUCUCGGGAGCCGCUGCGGGGGGGCCUCUUUUUUGGGAGGCGCCGACCGGGGUAGGCUUCGCCGCCCCCAGGGAAGCGGCGGCCGCGUUCCUCCGGGGUGCUCCGGGGCCGGAGAGCCGCGCACGGCGCGGGCCGCGCGGGGUGGGGCAGCCAGAGCGCAGGCCCCCGAGCCCCGGCGGGCGCCCCCGGGCCCCCGCGCGCGCCCCGGCCUCCGGGAGACUGGCGCAUGCCACGGAGCGCCCCUCGGGCCGCCGCCGCUCCUGCCCGGGCCCCUGCUGCUGCUGCUAUCGCCUGCGCCUGCUGCCCCAACUCGGCGCCCGACUUCUUCAUGGUGUGCGGAGGUCAUGUUCGCUCCUUAGCCGGCAAACGACUUUUCUCCUCGCCUCCUCGCCCCGCAUGUUCAGGACCAAACGAUCUGCGCUCGUCCGGCGUCUCUGGAGGAGCCGUGCGCCCGGCGGCGAGGACGAGGAGGAGGGCGCGGGGGGAGGCGGAGGAGGAGGCGACCUGCGGGGAGAAGGGGCGACGGCCGGCCGGGCACAUGGGGCCGGUGGCGGCGGCGCGGGCAGGGCUGGCUGCUGCCUGGGCAAGGCGGUCCGAGGUGCCAAAGGUCACCACCAUCCCCACCCCCCAGCCACGGGCGCCGGCGCGGCCGGGGGCUCCGAGGCGGAUCUGAAGGCGCUCACGCACUCGGUGCUCAAGAAACUGAAGGAACGGCAGUUGGAGCUGCUGCUCCAGGCCGUGGAGUCCCGCGGCGGUACGCGCACCGCGUGCCUCCUGCUGCCCGGCCGCCUGGACUGCAGGCUGGGCCUGGGGGCGCCCGCCGGCUCGCAGCCCGCGCAGCCGCCCUCGUCCUACUCGCUCCCCCUCCUGCUGUGCAAAGUGUUCAGGUGGCCGGAUCUCAGGCAUUCCUCGGAAGUCAAGAGGCUGUGUUGCUGUGAAUCUUACGGGAAGAUCAACCCCGAGCUGGUGUGCUGCAACCCCCAUCACCUUAGCCGACUCUGCGAACUAGAGUCUCCCCCUCCUCCUUACUCCAGAUACCCGAUGGAUUUUCUCAAACCAACUGCGGACUGUCCAGAUGCUGUGCCUUCCUCCGCUGAAACAGGGGGAACGAAUUAUCUGGCCCCUGGGGGGCUUUCAGAUUCCCAACUUCUUCUGGAGCCUGGGGAUCGGUCACACUGGUGCGUGGUGGCAUACUGGGAGGAGAAGACAAGAGUGGGGAGGCUCUACUGUGUCCAGGAGCCCUCCCUGGAUAUCUUCUAUGAUCUACCUCAGGGGAAUGGCUUUUGCCUUGGACAGCUUAAUUCGGACAACAAGAGUCAGCUGGUGCAGAAGGUGCGGAGCAAGAUCGGCUGCGGCAUCCAGCUCACGCGGGAGGUGGACGGCGUGUGGGUGUACAACCGCAGCAGUUACCCCAUCUUCAUCAAGUCAGCCACACUGGACAACCCGGACUCCAGGACGCUGCUGGUACACAAGGUGUUCCCCGGUUUCUCCAUCAAGGCUUUCGACUAUGAGAAGGCGUACAGCCUGCGGCGGCCCAACGACCACGAGUUCAUGCAGCAGCCGUGGACCGGCUUCACCGUGCAGAUCAGCUUUGUGAAGGGCUGGGGCCAGUGCUACACCCGCCAGUUCAUCAGCAGCUGCCCGUGCUGGCUGGAGGUCAUCUUCAACAGCCGGUAGCCGCACGGGCCGGGGACGCAGCGGGCGCCGCGCGGGCCCAGGCCAAACGACGUUGCUGCUAAUACUUUCCUCCCGAGUGCUUGCUUUUCAUGCAGACUCUUUGGUCCGUCGCGUGUCGUCGUCGUCGUUGUCCCCACCCCCGCCCCGCUUCUUGUCGUUCUUGUUUAUGUUCUGUUUGUUUUGUUAACUUUGAGAAAUAGCUUA